GGCAAGAAUACGUUUGUUCCAGUCCAUCUAAUCCGGAGAGGGAGAGCGCACAGUUAUCUGAAUAGGGAGCAUUUAACAUAAAGAAUUGUUAACUCAGGGGACUGGACACAGGAGUUGGCUAGUAAGAAGUAAAAAUACCUAACUAGUAGAGGAAUAGCAGACAUAAAAGGACAGUCUUUACUACCCUAAGACUGAAAGAGAACUGCAGGAGACUGAGACCUUGGGGAAGGCAUGCAUGUAGCUCACUGUAUGGCAGAGAACUUGCUGGAAAUCCAGCCUCAACCACAGAUGAAGGCAACCGGAUAGAUGAAGUCCAGCGCUCAGGAGAAGGGCAGCACUGAUCACAUCUGUGGUGAGACUACACACAAUGCAAAUGGCGGAUUCUGGCAGAGGGAGUCCUGCUCAGGGCUGAAAUACCAGAGCAAUCAGAACAGGCCAGACCUUUCUGUCCGUAAACGCCAGGCCCAGGGAGACGAGAACCAACAUGUCUACUAGAGCAGAAGCGAAGGCCACAGUGGGAGAUAUUUCCAAUGGUGGUGAUUUAAACACGGCUCAAACACACAUCUCCAGGAAAGGCUUUUGUUCGGUCCGAUAUGGGAUGGCCCUCAUCUUGCAUCUCUGUAAUUUUUCCAUUUUGACCCAACAAAUGAACUUGAGCAUCACCAUCCCAGCUAUGGUGAACAACACAGCCCUGCCCAGCCUGCCCAACGCCUCCACAGAAAGGCCGCCCACUGGCUCCCCGAACCGCUGGAAUGAAACUCGACAGGCAUCGGAGGCAGUGGCACCUGUGUAUGACUGGAGUCCUGAAAUCCAGGGGGUUCUCCUCAGCUCCCUCAACUAUGGCUCACUGCUGGCUUCAGUCCCCGCUGGCUACGUGGUUGGCGUAUUUGGAAUCAGGUACUUGGUUGGUGCUGCCUUCUUUAUUUCCUCAGUCCUGAACCUUUUCAUUCCGCUGGCAGCUGAUGCUGGAGUGGCCCUGCUCAUUGUUCUUCGGACUGUGCAAGGCAUAGCCCAGGUUCUGACAUCAAUAGGUCAGUAUUCAAUCUGGGUGAAAUGGGCUCCCCCACUGGAAAGGAAUCAACUCAUCGGCAUCACUCUAUCAGGGUCAUCACUGGGGGCCUUACUCAUCUUCCUUGUUGGUGGGGUCCUCUCCCAGACCCUGGGAUGGCCCUAUGUCUUCUACAUCUUUGGUGGAAUUGGCUGUGCCUGCUCUUGUCUCUGGUUCCUUCUCAUUUAUGAUGACCCUGUGGAGCACCCGUUUAUCAGCACCCGCGAGAGGGACUACAUCGUGCAUUCACUGGCUCAGCAGGACUGCAAGCCGGAUUGGUCUGUCCCCAUCAAAGCUAUGAUGAAGUCCCUCCCCCUUUGGGCCAUUAUAGUGUCUCACUUCAGUGAGUACUGGUAUUUCUACAUCCUAAUGGGGUACACGCCGACGUACAUCAACUCUGUACUGCAAAUCAGCCUCACCAAUAGUGGCUACCUAUCAGCCCUGAUGCUCGGGGUCACCUUCAUCUGCACUUUCCUUGGAGGCCUCCUGGCAGAUUUUCUCCUCUCCAGGAAACUCCUAAGACUCAUCCUCAUCCGGAAACUGUUCACUGCUGUUGGGGUUCUCCUCCCAACUGUGUUCUCCGUGUCCCUGUCCUGGGUCACGUCCAGCUUCAGCACCACCAUUGCCUUCUUGGCGCUGUGUUUUGCCGCCGGCAGCCUCUGCCAAACAGGAGCCCUUCUCAACUUCCUGGAUAUUGCUCCUCGGUACUCGAGCUUUCUCAAGGGGUUUCUACUAGUCUUUUCUCAAACAUCAGGAGCCAUCUCUCCCACCGUUGCUGGAGUUUUCAUCAGUCAGGAUUCAGAGGUCGGCUGGAGAAACGUCUUCUUGCUUUCAGCUGCUAUUAACUUGUCAGGCCUGAGCUUCUACCUCAUCUUUGCCCAAGCAGAGGUCCAGGACUGGGCUAAGAAGGAGACAGUGACACAUCUCUGAGGGACCACGUGGCUCUCAGAUCCCCAAGCUGAGGCGUGUGUCAUGUGCCCUUUCCUGCUUGCUUCAUGGAUUAGCCAUUCCAUCUGCAUUGACUGUUUCCAGUAUCUUCUCAGAGACUUCUGCUAUAUAAUCCCGAAGGUUCUGCCUGGAGACUUUCUGGGGGCGGGGAGGCUAGGUAUUUAACGGUGAGCUCCUGAGAGUGUCGGUGUGUCUGAUUUUCUCACCCGUCCCACUGUUAUUGUGACACAAUAAUGCAUAUUUGGCCCCCACCCCCAGUCUCUGUCACAGAGCUUCUAAAACCCUUGUCAUUUCCUGAGUGAUGGGAUGAUAAGAACAUUUGUUAUAAUAUUUGGUCUUAGUGCCUGGUUUCUGAUGGCGGCAAAGAAAUGAAAAGUGAGGACACUGGAA